AUGGAACAAACAGUUGUUAAAAAUUUGAUCAUUGCAACGACAUUUUCUAGUACUGUUAUACGACAGACAAAAACAGUCCCAUAUCAGUGCAAAAUUUGUGGAGCAUCGGCACAAUAUUGUUAUUAUGGUGCUGUUGUAUGUCAUUCAUGCAAAAUGUUUUUUAAACGAAAUGCUGAAAAUCGAAAGUCAGACUUAAAAUGCUUGUUUGGUAAUGAAUGCGAUAUUAAUAUAAAUAAUCGUCAUAUAUGUGCUUUGUGUCGACUUGCAAAAUGUUUCAUAAGUGGAAUGCGUAUUGAAAUGAUUCGAUCAUCUCGUUGCACAAAAAAUAAGAGAAAUGAAAAAAGAAAGUUGAUUAUUGAUUCAAUACCAUUAAUAUCAACAACAUCAGUGAUAUCAAACCAAAAUUGUCAAGGUGACCAGAUUCAAACAUUAAAUCUUUUCGAAUCGAAUCAAUCAACAUUGAAUAUUGAUCAAUGGAAUCUUUUAUCAAGUUUAGUUCAUUGUUUCGAUGAAAAUAGUGAAUAUGGAGUUGUCGAACGUUUUAUAGAAGAACAAAAUCGAUCACCUCUCAAGUUACGAUUUAAAUAUUCAUCAGUUUGUGAGUUUUUUAAACUAAUGAUGAGUAAAGUUCAAAUUGCAUUCGAGAAAAAUCGUGAUUUUUUCCUCUUAUCUCAACAUGAUCGUGCUAUUUUACUUGAAACUACAAUAGAAUAUACAGCAACUAUUGGUGGAAUGUUUCUUUUACGUCAAGCAAGAUUAUUUGACGAUGUGACUUUUAUUAAAUCCGUGGAGACAAUUUUUCAACCAUCUGCGAUGGUUUUCAUUAAACGUGUUAUCGACCAAUUUGAUUCUGACGGUACAUUUAUUAAAUUAAUACUAGCAAUUCUUGCUUUUUCAACAAUCAACUAUACUGUAUACAGAAAAAAUAUUCUGAUUAAUCCGGCAAAUAUCAAAGCAAUUUUACCUAUUCAAGAUUUGUACACAGGUUUAGCAUGGCAAUAUCUUUUGUAUAAGUAUGGCCAUAAUCAAGCUGUGAUACGUUUUUCAAAUCUUCUAAGAUGUCUAUUUUCUGUAAACGAAGUCAUUGUUGAAGCACACGAAUCACAACAAUUUAUAGAUAUAAUUGAUUUUGUUUUUAAAGAAACUAAAAAGAACCUCUUUUAA